AUAUCUCCGUAAAAGUAAUAUUUUGACUGUUAUCACUAGUGAUCAAAAUAUAUUAUUCUAUCAAAUUAAUUCUGGUCUUAAGCGUGUGAAACAAAUUGUCGGAUAUAACGAUGAGAUUAUUGACCUUUCAUAUGUUGGAAAAGACGAAACCCAUCUUGCUAUUGCUACCAAUACGGAACAAAUAAAUUUGUACAAUAUUAAAUCUUUUGACUUUAAUAUUAUAUAUGGACAUACGGAUAUUGCUAUUUGCCUGGAUAAAUCAUAUGAUGGAACUGUAUUAAUAUCUGGUUCUAAGGAUCAUACAGCAAGAAUAUGGAAUAUCGAUGUGGAUAAUGAGAAUUUUGACAAUCGAGUUAAUUGUUUAGGUAUAUGUAUAGGUCAUACUGCGGCAAUUGGAACUGUAGCUCUUUCAAAGAAAUCUUUAAAGUUUUGCCUCACUGGUAGCCAGGAUCGUACCAUAAAAUAUUGGGACUUAUCACAUUUAGACCGAUCUAAAUCUGAUGAGAAUUUUAGACCGAAAGCCUCAUAUACUAACAAAGCACAUGAUAAAGACAUCAACUCAAUAGCAGUUGCACCAAAUGAUAAGAUUUUUGCUACUGGUUCACAAGAUAAAACUGUUAAAAUAUGGUCUGUUGUCGAUGGAAAAUUGCUUGGUACUUGUUCUGGUCACAAACGCGGUGUCUGGUCUGUCCAGUUUUCACCAAUUGAUCAUACUAUAGUAACAAGCUCUGGUGAUAAAACCAUUAAAAUUUGGUCAACAACAGACUUUUCUUGUCUGAAGACCUUUGAAGGUCAUACCAAUACUGUCUUGAAAGCCUUAUUUCUGACAUCUGGAACCCAAUUAAUGUCUUGUGGUUCAGAUGGUCUUCUUAAACUUUGGACAAUUAAGUCCAAUGAAUGUAUUGCUACGUUGGAUAAUCAUACAGAAAAAAUAUGGGCAUUGACAGCACGCAAAGACGAAAAUGUUGUUGCAUCAGGUGGUGCUGAUUCUUUAAUAAAUUUAUGGGAGGAUUGCACCAUUGAAGAAAUGGAGAAACGUGUAAGAGAAGAAGAGGAACAAAUUUUAAAAGAACAGGAUUUGGCAAAUUAUUUGCUAAAGAAGGAUUAUAAAAAUGCAAUUACUCUUGCCAUGUCUUUGAAUCAACCAUUUAGGUUACUGAAUCUUUUUACAGAAAUACUGAAUAACCGGGCUGAAGGAGAUACUAGUAUCACAGGAUCGGAAUCUAUUGAUAAUAUUAUUACUACUCUUUCCAAAGAAGAUAUUGAGCAAAUGCUUAAAUACAUUCGUGAUUGGAACACCAAUGCCAAACAUUUUCGAACCGCGCAAACAAUAUUAAAUGCUAUUUUGAAAAAAUUUUCGUCAGAAGAAUUAUUAGAAGUUAAUGGCAUAAAAGAAUUAUUGGAUGGUUUGUUGCCUUAUACAGAAAGACACUAUCAACGGUUAGAUCGAAUGAUUACCGAUUCAUUUCUCAUUGAUUACACAUUACAUUCAAUGAAUUAG